AUGUUAGCCGACGGACACCGCGUGUUGUUUACGGUGAACGAUGUCUGGCGACCAAAACUGGCCGCUUAUGGCAUCGAAACGGUAGAGUUGGCUAAAACUAACCCAACGGAUGACGCGGUGCUCGAUAUGGACCGCAGCGCGCAUUUUAUUAUGUCUUUUGGCAAAAUUGGCGGCGCGUCGGCCAUAGAGAAGAUCCCAUUUGAGGCAAACACUGCCGAGUUUUUGACAAAAUAUACCCAAUAUAUGGACACACAGUUGGCCCGUCUGUUGCCCGCCAUUCGGCCCGAUGUCAUAGUUGUGGAUCAGUUUUGGACACUGCCGGCGGUGGAGUUGUCGGGCAUACCGUGUGUGUGGGUCUGGAGCUUCGGCCCUCUCAUGAUGGUUGACGAUGAGAGGACACCUCCCGGGGAAUCAGGAUUGUCCGCUACGGGAGACCCGAGACUGUGGCACGAGUUUCGCCAAUUGUUUAGAGACGUGAUGAUAGAGAAGUGGCGGGCGUUUAACGAUUGGGUGGUCGGCCGGGGCUGCAAACCAUUGCCAGAACUCUGCUUUCGCAACCCAUCGCGUUAUCUUCAUAUAUAUGAUUAUCCCUUAGAGUUGGGCUAUCAGGACAUCCGGUCGUUGGGACACAAUUAUGUCCGCUUCGAUCAUUUUAAGCGCACCGAACGGGACUUGACAUUCGCUGUGCCGCCAGUGUUGGCCGAUAAGCCCGGAAAGUUGAUCUACUUUUCGUUCGGCUCUCUCUGUCCGGUCGACGUGGCAAAUAUGCGGCGAUUGGUCGCCAUUUUGGCCAAAUCUCCGCACCGUUUCAUCGUAUCGAUGGGUCCGAAGCAUAAGGAGUACACUUUGGCCGACAAUAUGUGGGGCGCGGAAUCUGUGCCGCAGAUCCGAGUUCUAUCGCUCGUAGAUCUGGUCAUAACUCACGGCGGCAUAAAUACGGUGACCGAAAGUCUAUACUUUGGCCGACCGAUGAUAGCUAUGCCUGUAUUCGGCGAACAAUACGAUAACGCGCAGAGACUGCACGACAAAGGCUUUGGUCUACGACUGGACGCAUACAAGUGCUCGGAGGAGGAGCUGUUGGCUGCGAUCGAGACUCUGCUAAACGAUCUCCUAAUGGCUGAACGCUUGGCCAAAGUCUCCCGAAGAAUACAAACCGAUAAUAGUUUGGCAAAAGUGUCGCAACUUAUUGAGGAUUUUGUUCAAAAUCCGCGCAAAUAUAUUGAUUAG